ACUCAUUGAAUGAACGAAUUGUUGGUUUCGUUUCGCGAGUCAAUCAAAGGGGGAAAUGAGUGACAAAACUACAGUCAAUACACGAUUUAUUCGCACAUUUAUUCUUACGUAACACUCGUUGUGUGCGAACGGAUGGCUCGAUUCGUUGGCCAGCGUUAAGCGGAGAUAUAUAUUACUGGGAGUCGACUGUAGUUUUCCAUACGCGAGACAUAUGAGUGAAAUGUAUUUUACAAAUGAUGUCCGACUUCUGGUGCAGUGAAUAUCAAUAACACACAAAUCAAGCCUCAAAUAUAGCCCACAAUUGGUUUCGACUUAUUUACUAAUUAAUUAAUUAUAAUAACAAUCAGUGGUUUUUGUAGUAAAUUAUUUUUAAUAAUCAAAAAAGGACUUAAAUAUUACAAAAUUGAAUUGAAAGACAUUUUGUGUCCAAUGUUUUAGUGCUUUCUUUUAUCGCUUCAGUAAUAAUAAUAAUCAUUAAUAAUAUUUCCAUAUAUUUUGUGCGAGUAUUGAGUUGUUUUGAGCUCAAAAUAUAUACACAUUUUAUUUGUAUAUUUAAUGUGAACUGAAAUACAAUUUAGUUUUCAAUUUUGCGACACCAAAAACAGUGACCAAACAAUUGGUUUUGCUUUCAAUUGUCAAAUGUCUGAACUGUUGUUUGAGUUGAAUUUAACAGUAUCGUCGGCGAAGUUGUCGGGCACCACAGCCUUCUUCAAGCCGGACCCGUAUGUGGAGAUAGUGGUGGACGGCGGCAGUCCUAAUAAGACCGACUAUAAUAAGUCCACAUAUAAUCCCAAAUGGGAUGAAGUGUUUCCGCUGCUGGUGUCUCCGUAUUCGUUCAUACAUUUACGUGUGUUUAACCACAACUCCAUCAAAAGGGACGCCCUGUUAGGCGAGGCCACGAUCGACGUCUACGAACUGCUGACCCGCAAC